GAUAGCCACUGGCAGUUAGUGUGUUUUAAUUCACUUACCAUACGAACAUGUCUAGGUAUAAAAGCAGGUAAUUGGAACAAAAUCACUAUUAAAUAUUCUCAGAUAGUUUCAGGAUGGGUGAGCUGGUCGAGGAACAGCGCUAACAGACUGGAAAACAGCUAGAAUUCUCGGGGCUUCUGUCUUUUAGCAGUUUAUUUAUAACUCUUGAGUAAUCACAGAUGCUGGAAUACACUUACUAACUUGGAAUCACAAAUACUGUUUUGGAUUUACUUUAGAACCUAUUUGUAUGUUCCGUAGAUUUGACAUUUUAUCCAAAAGUAGCUAAACAGACAAAAUAAAAAAAAGAGAAAUUGGUAGAUAAUCACUGAAUCAGCUCAAGGCAUUAGAAUGGAGGAUGCCUCUGAUCAGAAAGGAACGAUCAAUAUUACAUCAUAUAAGCGGAAAAACAACCUGAAGUUAGGCCUGUCAUUGCAAAGAAUCAUUUCGCCCCCUCAGCAACAAUGUGAACUCAAUAAUAACACGUCGCUAUCUAGUUGUGAUGGACUUCAAAAGAGGGCACCACCAGACAAUGCGUUAUCAUGCUUGGCGGAUCUAGGAGAGAGGACUAACAGAAGUUCUGGUUUACAGGAAAUGCGCACAUUAUGGUUCUGGUUCAACCAAUCUGUCAGUUCUCCCAAGCAUAAACAGAGCAUAUCUAAGCUUUACUUCAAGACUAUUUUCAAACCAGAAAAAUUCCCCAUGGAUUACAUGACAUUUCUAAAGAAAGCGAUAUUCCUAAUGAAACAACAGGAGUUUCUCGAAAUAGCGAGAAUUGAUGUUGAGUUUAAAGCUGUGAAGUUGGAUAAACCUGAAACAAUAGAAGAUGAGUACUUGGAAAUACCACCUCCACCUCCAAGAGUAAAGCCAGAUAAAGCUCUUAAGAACUACAUCACGGUGCUCACGCCUGCUCACUACGACUACCAGUACUUACCAGAAAUACACGUCUCUAAAAAGUCCAACAUCAAGUUCCGGGUGAAGGCCAAGUCUGACGCCCACAUCGCUCUCUCCUCGGUAUACGGUGACACUGUCGAUGACACAUACGAGGUGAUAAUCGGUACACAUGGGAAUAGUAUGUCAUUGAUAAAAGAAGGUGCGAAUGGAGCUGUAGUGGCUGAGAGGGCCACCGAAGGCUUCCUGGACGAGAAUGAGUACAGGGAGUUUUGGAUCAGCUGGGACACGAGAAAGCUACAGGUUGGGACGGGUGAUGAAUUGGGACGGAAUGGCUUUAUGGUGUGGAAAGUCCCCAUGGAUAAGGUCCAUUCUGUAAACUGCCUUUCUGUUUCAACGUCUAUUGAGGCAGAGGGAAAAUGGGAAUUCGUUGAAAUAAUAGAUACGAAAGAUAACGAGGUUGACGAAAAGGAAGUACUUCGAACAAAAAGAAAAACUGCACAAUUCUUUCUUUGGUUAGCCAAGAAGCAGAAGAUAAUUGAUACUCUGGAGGAGGUUUAUCCUCAUGGCCUCAACUUACAGCAGUUAGUGAGGGUUGCCCGUGUACAGUUGAUUGACAAGCAACAUGCUAUCAAAGCUGUCAUGGAGCUUGAAGAGUUUGGCCUCAUACAGCAAAUUGACAAGGGCGUCUGGUUGAGGACACUUGCCCCUGUAGGCAUAGAUCAUGAUAUUACAAUAUCAAAAGAUCUAAGUGAGAUUUCUGAUCACCCAGAUCCAACGUUUGCGAUAAUCACUACGUUCUAUUGUGAGAUGAUUGCUGUUACUGCUAUACUGGACAAGAAAGCCACUUACGUCCAUCAUAGAGCUGCAGGUGAAAACAGUGUCUAUACUUUGGGUGCAAUUGGCAAUGCAAAUGUUGUUCUCACGAAGCUAUGCAAGCCCAUCGAUAGUAGACAGGAGGCGACAUACACUUGGAACACAAUCAACCAACUGCUAGCUAUAUUUACAAAUGUGAAACACAUCCUGGUUGUUGGCGUUGUUGGCGGUUUACCUCACCAUACUGACUUCUAUCAGGAUGUUCGCCUGGGUGACGUUGUCGUCUGCUACAGUGACGACACCAAACAGCCUCUCUACGUCAACUGUGAAUCUGUACAGCGGACACCUGGAACUGACGAUUUCAGUUUUAGCACUCGCUCCUGGGGUUGCUCAGACCAGAACAUUGAGACUUCUCUCAAGAUGUUGAUGUAUUGGAAUGAAAGUGUCGCAUUUACUAAAGCAAAUUGGGAAGAUUAUCUCCAUGAAUCACUCGGUUUGCUGAAGGAUUCCGGCUAUAACUGGCCGAGACCUUUAGCCAGAACUGAUAAAAUUUACAUGACAGACCCAGCAGGGGAGAAUAUACAAGUCGAGCACCCGAAACCCCCAAAAGGCAAAGAAUACAUGCGUAGAAAGGGCAAAUCUCGCGUUCAUUUUGGACCAAUGGGGUCAGGAAAAUACAUUUCGCGUGUGAAUGAGUUACGCCACAUGUUUGGUACAACAGCCGGAGUGAUAUGCUAUGACAGGGGAAUAGGUGAUAUACUGGACUGUGUCCAAGAUACUGGGAAAGAUGGUUUUAUGAUCAUUAGGAGCGUGUGUGACUAUCUAGAUGGCGUCACUCAGAAUGAAUGGCAUAGGUACUCAGCUGUGGUGGCUGCAGCCUAUUGCAAGAGCGCAAUCUCCACCCUCUCUAUAGCAAAAUGAGACGCCAUACUAAUAACGUCUGCAGUCUCCAACUUCUCUAUUAUGCAAAAUGGGACAUCAUAAUG